UCCCGCCCCAGAGAGUGGUGAAGCAACAGCCACAGUUGAUAGUAAGAUUCCCACAAGAGUAACACUUCAGAGACGGCACCUCAGCCUGGUUCAACAGUUCAAGGAGCUCAUAUUUCUCAUAUUGCUCAACAGGUAUCGUCUUUAUCUGAAAGUGAAGAAUCUCAGGACUCAUCUGAUAGCAUCGGCUCCUCACAGAAAGCCCACGGGAUCCUAGCAACGCGUCCAUCUUAAAGAAAACUUUUGAAAGAUCUAUCUUCUGAAGAUACACAGGGCAGAAAAGGAGACAGAGAAAAUCCUGGAGUUUCUGCUGUCACUCCUAUGUCUGUUCCAACUUCCAUCUAUCAGACUAGCACUGGACAGUACAUUGCCAUUGCCCCCAAUGGAUCCUUACAGCUGGUCAGUUCAGGCACAGAUGGAGGUCAGGGGCUUCAGACACUAACUAUGACAAAUUUAGGCAGUACUCAACAAGGUACAACAAUUCUCCAGUAUGCACAGACCUCUGAUGGACAGCAUAUAUUUUUGCCCAGCAACCAAGUGGUUGUACAAACUGCCUCAGGAGAUAUGCAGACAUACCAGAUUCCUACCACACCUUCAGCAUCUUCGCUGCCACAGACUGUGGUGAUGACAUCUCCUGUGUGUCUUACAUCUCCGGAAACUAAGACAGAUGACCCCCAGUUGAAAAAAGAAAUAGGGUUAAUGAAAAACAGAGAAGCUGCUCGAGAAUGCCGCAGAAAGAAGAAAGUAUAUGUGAAAUGCCUGGAAAAUCGAGUUGCAGUCCUGGAAAAUCAAAAUAAAGCUCUACUAGAAGAGUUAAAAACUUUGAAGGACCUUUAUUCCCAUAAAAGUCUUUGAUAUUGAAGAAACUAUUUUUGUGGACUUGCCUAAAAAUUAAAGGGAUUUUUUCUUUUUAGUGGAGUUUUAUAAAUUAAAAGGUCAAAAAUGAAGCUUUUAUUUAGGCUUUGCAACUGAAAGAUAAAUGUCUUAUGCAAGAGAACUGGUGACAGAGGAUAAAGUGGAAAAUGGCCUCAAGGAAGAUACUGGCACAACUGGAAACUCUGUAAAAAGCAUACUAAAAAAGCAGGAAGUGAAGCUUCACCAAUCUGAAUUUUCUAAAUAACAGUAGUUGUCAAUAAUCCAAAAAUGACAGAUAAAAUGAAAUUUGGUAAAUUUUCAAAAUUAAAUCUAUUUACCCUAUA